GGAGGAGUCCUUGCCUGUGCACCGAGGCAGCUUUGUUGCCACACCCACGGCUGAGCUGUCCACUCCGGAAGAGACCCUGGUGGGGGACAUGCUGGACUGGAGCCUGGACACCUCCUGCUCCGGAUACGAGGGGGACCAGGAGAGCGAAGGAGAGAAGGAGGCCAAGGACGGAGAGACCUCUGUUCUGGCCAUGACACUGGAGCUAGCAACAGAGCCCGAGGACUCCAAACUGCACUGCCGAGCCCUCUCCAGCGACGAUGACAGUUUCUGUAAGGGUGACAAAGAGGAAGAGGAGUAUGAGGAGGAAGGGGAGGGGAGCACCAGGAGCCGACAGCGAGAGCCCCUCGCCUCAUUCAUCACACCCGACUUCCACAGCUCAGGCUACUCCUCUGUCCAGAGUGCCAGCCCUUCCUCCAAUUCCUCUUCACUCCUGAUGCCCUGCACCUUCACGCCGCUGCCCCCGGCCCCCACUCCAGGCUCCGCGUCCAGCACCACCGUGGCUCUGCCUGGGUUCCGCCUCCUGGUGCCGGUGCAAAGACCCCGGGUUGCAGCUCGCAAACAGGUAAAGAGGAAGAACGCAGCAGCUCACAGCGGAGGGGAGAGGGAAGGGGAGGAUGAAGAGGUGGUAUAUGCCUCAAGUGUAGGUUUCCUAAGCCUGUAAGCACUGACUUGACUCACCGUUGAAUGGAUUCAGAUGUUUGUCUACCACCCUGCCUCUCCUUCACCCUCUUUUGCCAUGGUUGUUCAUUAGGCACCAAACUGAAGACAAACAGACCCAGAAGUAAAAGGACUACCUGGUCUUGUCCAAUAAGAAAUUAUAAUUUCUGUCUCCUGUUGAAAAACAUUUUUAAAUGUUCCUGCCCUAAUGAACACGACCCAGGAGCACUGUCCUGUCAUUGACAAUACUCUUCUUCAUUCCAUGAAGGCCUGAAAUCUGCACUGGUUCCUGGAACGCCAUAAGAUCACAAAUACCUGUUGUAAGCUUUACACACAAACCCAAACGGUCAUACCAGAAUCCAGACUUUUUCUUUAAUUCGUUACAUUUCACACAAGUAAACAGACAUCUCCUGCUUGAGAAAGAUAAGAUGGCUCCCUMUCAUAUUUCACUGACUUCGGGUGUAUCCCAAAUGACACCAUAUUCCCUAUGUAGUGCACUACUUUGACCAGAUUCCUGUUCAAAAGUAGUGCACUGCAUAGGGAAGAGGGUGUAAUUUGUGAUAAAAACCACUGGAACAACUCUUCACUCUCCACCUCAUGACUUUGUUACAUUGCAUUGAUCCAGAUUGUGUUCUGCGCUGGUCUCACGCAUUGACCUUUGCAACAACAACAACAUCUCAGAUGUCAGAGGUAUUUGCAGCUCCCACCUAAAAAAGACACUUCGUCGACCAUUUUGAAAUAUGUCUGUAUGAAGACUUCACAAGUGAAAAGAACCUCAACUGCAUUGUUGACUAUAAUGACUGUAAUUGAUUACAAUUAUUAAUCAAUGCAACAGUUUUGUUUUGCUCUCUGCAACUCUUCUAAUGUUGGGAGUUUCAUGAAUCACCGUUUAUACCAGUGAAGAGAUUCUGAUAUGCACUGCCUGUACAGAAUGGUCAGGAGUUGGGUGCUCUGUACUAGCCUGGGAUCAAACUGAGUAGUGAAACAAAGCCAUGUUCAGUUUGGGUUCCAGGCUCAAUUUUGUACUUUAGAUAUCACUAUUGUGAAGUCUAAAGCCUUAUUUUGAGUCUGAAUUUUCUCUGAUCCAUUUUUGUCAUUCCUCUCUUCACAUACAAAGGUACUUUAAAACUUAAUUGAGGUGACUAUCGGUGGGUAAAUAGCUUUUACCUGUAAAGACUGAUGUGAUAGUAAUUCAAGCAUAUGGAAAUACAUUCUUAGCUACAGUUUUGUAUGUACUGAUACAUUAGCAAUACAAUAUGUGGUUUGUGCUGAAUCUACUGUUCCUUUUACUGUUUAGAGUUGGAGCACAGGAGAGAACCUAUAUAUAGGAACAAAUCCCUUCUACAAGCUUUAACAAGAGCAAGGUAUUGUUCAUUUGAAAACAGCAUAACAUUUUGUAGAAGCAGAAUAUUUCAGUCAUCCCCACCACCUUUGACCCCAUAACAGCUAAUUCCAUGGGUGAGAGCACAUGAAUACAUCUGUCUGUUAGAAACCACUAAAAUUGAUGUCCUAGAAUAUAAGAUUGUAUUUCUAUGGUUGAAUCAUCAGUGAUGUCAUCUGAACAUUUAGAGCCAUGAACAUUGACCAAAUGAGGUCACAGUUUAGAACUAAGCGGUGCACAGUGCGACAUAAAAUUUGAAGUUCAGAACGUCUAACAAGUUCUGUCGAAGCAAGUCUAUUCGUUUUGCCCACCGUUUCUCCCAAUGGUUCGUCUUGAAUGAGGUCUGGCACUUCUAUUGAAUGAGAAGUGUUUGUUUUUCACAGUGACGUUUUCUACGCUUGAACAAUCAACUACUAAUGUUAUUCCAUUAAGUGGAGUUGCAUUGCCUCCUUUUGGAGAACGGAGUGAAGACACUAAAAGGCAAAUGAUUACUUGAUGUGUUGAUAAGUACUGUAUGCCUACAUCAGGACACGGAGUCCUUGGACUCUGUCUGAAAUGUCACCUUAUUCCAUAUGUAGUGCACUUCUUUUGCCCACUGCCCAUUGGUCUCUGGUCAAAGUAGUGGACUUCUUUUGCCCACUGCCCAUUGGUCUCUGGUCAAAGUAGUGCACUGAAUAAGGUGCCAUUUCAAACACAACCCUUGUGCAAUAAUGAUUGUGACUGUAAAUAUGUUUUUAAACUGUUAGGUCAGACUUUUAUAUCCCUUGUCUGUUAUGUACAUAUCUAAAUGUGGAGGAGGGGAGAAAGAACUGUGACAACAUACCUUUUACUUGAAAUUGGAUGAGUGGUUGUGGCUUCAUUCCAAAAAGGACAAGUAAACUGCCUUUUUCUCAUAAAGGUUGACAUUUGGCUUGGUUUUUCCUCACUUGUACCAUCAGUGACUUGUGUGAAGAUAUUUCUGUGCACCCGGUAUCAAUUUCUAUUAAAACAAGCAUGUGGACUUGCA